GGAAUUUCUACUUAUGAUGACGUUGACCCCGCUCUCAGCUCCAGCUGUUGUGUUGAGUCUCCCACGAGUAGUUGUGAUGAAAGUGUCAAGUUAAAGUGUAAAGAAUCGAUUACACCUAAAGUGUAAAGAACCACAUAUACCACUUCUUAUUGGGAUGAAAAGUAGUUGAAGUUGCAUAGACUAACACUAACUUGUCUUGAUUACUUUUAACAUCUUUUUGACUCGACAAAGCAUUCUAUUAUCUGAAUAUGAAUUUUCAAGGUCCGAGAACUCUUACGAUCUAGUUUUCAAGUAACGCAGUCCUCCGGGCCCGAUCAUCUUUGGCAUUUGCCACGCAACAGCAUUGGUGGAGCGUAGCGCAAAAGUUGGUCUGAUAUCGCUUCGUUUUGAUUCUGUAAUAAAGACUUUAAGUUUAAGCAACAUACAGCAAGUUAAUCUACUUAGUGGACUUUUUAGACGAGCAAAGAAAAUUAGAACUUAGAAAACGACCGAAGAAUUAUUUAUCCGCUAUUCAUCAAUCUGUAGUUGUUCUAUCUCUAUGAUCAGGACCGAGAACUAUAAUUCCUACCUCGUCGUGUGUAAAUCAACUCUUGUAUAAUAGGAUCGCAUUUUUAGUAAGAAUUUUGAAGUUAACUUUCUUUGUGUUUUGAUUGUUCCAAGAAAGAAACAAAAAUUCUGAACUCUACAACAUCAUCAUACUUGUGUAGUUGUUUAGAACGACGGUCCAAUUCCGUCGAGGAGGGGUAGAAGAUUCAGUUUGAGAGUCUUCAUCGUUAGACGAGUUUAUUCAGUUUUGAUCACAUUGAUGUCAUGAAAAUGCAAAUAUCUUCUUACCCUUGAUCUUAAAAAAAGUUAAAGGUCGUAAGUAAGUUGAGGUUUUCAAAAUCGUAAUUUGUCAUUGCUUUGAUGUUUUGAAGCCAAAGGUGGAAGAACUGUCCUUUCGAACAAGCUGAGGCUGCUUGCUCAGGCGCUUGCAGAAGUAGAACGUUGACGAGUCACGACUUCCAGAGGAAGGCACUAGCAGGAGGACAGCGGAGUAGAGUAAGCAAGUAGAAAUAUUAGAAAUACAGAUAUUAGUACAACAACGAGGUGGACAAGAUAAUGGCGGCUGCACAAGGAGCGGCAAUACAGCUGCGGCUGGCCGGACUACAACGGGCGACGGCAAUCCCGGUUGCGCUUCGGCACCAUUCAACGUCCUGCUCUUCGAGGACUAGUUCCUCUUCUUCGUCACGCUAUUACUUCGCAGUCGUGAACGGAGGACUACUACACCAGGUGGGAGGACAACAUCAUCUUCAUCUUCACAAACACAAGAAGCCUGCUAGUUGUAUCAAGUCGGCCUCGUCCAUCUCAACAGCGCGACUUUUUUCGUCCAACGCAGUACCAGUUCAGUCGCAAAAGGGAGCAGACCGCGAGGAUGAAAGCAAGAUACCGAAGCCGCCGCAGGCCAGCCAGCCGCAGAUGAUGACGCCACCUGAGCUUGCGGCCGAGCUCGAUAAAUUUGUCAUCGGACAAGCAGACGCAAAGCGGGCAAUGGCGAGCGCGAUUCGGUAUUUAUCCGUUAAUCCUCAACCACACGUUCUUCAUCUCCUAUCAACAUGGCUUUGUUCACGACUAGUAGUUUUUUUCCUACAACAACUGAAUGCUUAGAACGACCUACUUGUCAAACUACUCUUUCCCUUUUGAUUUUUUCUGUACAACCAGGACGAGAUAAUUGACAUCAAGGAUAUUACUGAUCCAUGACAAAUACAGUCUCUUCAGCAACUUCUCAUUCACAUGGCAUGUUUUUAUGUGAUUUUUCGAAAACUGAACGACGACCCAAAUUUCCAGUUUCCGUUGGCGCCGGAAGCAGCUAAACGAGCAGCAGCGGGAGGACUGCAAUCCUCGGAAUAUCCUGAUGAUCGGACCCACGGGUUGCGGAAAAACCGAGAUCGCUAGGAGACUCGCAAAAAUAGUGGACGCACCUUUUGUGAUCGCAGAAGCAACAAAAUUCACAGAAGUCGGGUUCCAUGGACGCGAUAUCGAGUCUGUGAUGCGGGACCUCAUGGAAGCGGGCAUCAAGAUGGUCCAGAAGAAACUGGAGAAAGAGUACACACCUAUGGCACUGGAAGUGGUCGACGAAAAAUUGCUGGAAGCCCUUUUAGGGGAUCUUAGCCAAGAUACAGACAGAGUCACAUGGCGAGGGCAUUUGCGUAAAGGGUAUUGAAAUGACGACAGCUGAGCUCUUUCCUCGAUCUGAAUCUGUUUCAUUCAUCUAAGUAAUAUUUUCACGACUUCGUAAUCGUAGAUGAACAACUUUUAUGCAGAUUGAUUUCAUUGGAAUUGGUUUACCAGCAUGAUCAUGUAAAAAGUAGCAAGGAGAAGGAGGUCCAGCUGAAGUUGAAGAAGAGCAAAUACGAAGAUCAUAAGAGAAGUAGGACAAGUUAUGACUUUCAUCAAAUAUAGCAUCUUUUCCGAAAAUGCAAUCAAUGAAUUUGUCCAAACAUACAGGUGGCUGGACGAAAGAACGGUUUUUGUUGACGUACCUGUGACGCAAACGCAAAGUCCAGGAGGCAUUUUGGGUGCACCUUCCGGAGGCAUGGCUUCUGGCUCGUUAGAGCUCGGUGACAUCUACCGUGACGAUCGUGACCUCAACCGACUCACAUCGUACUACUAGUUCUCCUUUUAGGUUUGUAAUAGAGGGUGAUGUCGACUUGUUGUCACUUGUCGCACUCGAGAAAAACAUGAUGGAAGUUUUCGAAUGCAGUUGCUUAUGGUGAUCAUGUUUCUCCCAAAUUAUUAAAUAACAACAACCAUGUACAUCGUGUACUUGAUCCCUCAAACGUUUUUCAUUCUCUACCCUCCUCCACCACCCAUAUCAUAACAGGGCAAUGGGCGGUGGCCGCGGUGUUGUGAGGACUGAGAAAAAAAAGCUAACGAUUCGAGAGGCGCGAAAGAAGCUUCUGCGUGCUGAGCUCGACGCGCGCAUCACGCAGGAAGAGGUACAAGAAUGGAUCUACACGUUAUUUGCUUCCUCAUUCUAUUCUUUCUUUUUUCAAGUGAAAUUAUGCUCUUGAAUCUCUUCAGUUAUAUAUAUCUUUAUUUCAAAAUGUUGAAGAUAAAACGUAGAUCAUGUACAACUACAAAAAAUCAGUUGAUCCAGCGUGCGCUAAAAGCGGUUGAGGAAGACGGAAUUGUUUUCCUGGAUGAGAUCGACAAGAUCGUCAGUCCGAAGGGCAGUUACGGCCCUGACGCCAGUUCGGAGGGUGUGCAGCGCGAUCUGUUACCGAUUAUCGAAGGGACCACGAUAAACACCAAGUACGGAAAUAUCAAAAGCAACCACGUGCUGUUCGUGUGCGCUGGGUCAUUCCACGCAGUUCGGCCUAGCGAUAUGCUCGCGGAACUUCAGGGACGCUUGCCUGUGAAAAUCAAGCUCCAUCCGCUGACGGAAGGAGACUUCUACCGUACUUAUAAAGAAUUAGAAGAAUAUUCUUAUUCAAUACUUUCUUAAGAUGAUUAAAUGAUACCUCUUACUACUUGUUGAUAUCUACAACAUCUACUUCAUUCUACAUCUACUAGUAGUUAACACGUACUAUAAAGUUUCUCCUGUACUUCUUGGACGAGUCAAGAAAAAGAAAUAUACCAAAUAUACUUGCAACGUGAAGAUUCCAAUUCACCACACAGGUAUCCUAAGUGAGCCCGAGUUUGGUAUUAUCGAGCAAAAUGUCGCCUUGCUCGGAACCGAGGGAGCCACAGUGGAAUGGAGCGAGUGUGGCAUUCGUGAGGUUGCACGCCUUGCAACGGAAAUGAACACGUACAUCGAAAAUACGGGUGCGCGCCGUCUGCACACUAUCGUGGAACAGGUGACGGACGACCUGAGCUUCAACAUUGCCGAAUAUAAGGGAAAGAAAGUUCUCAUCGACAGGGCAUUCGUGGAGUCAAAGACCAGCACUAUCGAGAUUGACAAAACCGCUAGAGGAUUGCUAUAAAAACAUCUUCUUCAUACUGCUGCAGGAAGAACAUGAGGAGUUCAUCUAGUGUUGAAGCGGGCGACAACGACAGGAGGACUCAUCUCAGUUUGGUGACUCAUCGAGUAGCUGUGCUUGGGCAUGUGAUUCACGGUCGUGGUCGUGGAUUAACUCAACCUUGGACUCGUUUUUGCCUUUUUGAAACAAAGCAGUAUCCUAAUUAAUCUGUCAAUGCGAUUCCGAUUUCAUACCUUCUAUCUCGAAUAUCUUUGAGUUUGCAAAACUUAACCUCGACUAACAUAAUCCGCAUACCACAACUACUACAACUUACAUUGAAUGAUAAAAUUAUCAUCUGAAGUCUUUUGUCUGUCUAAGUACCUGAUAUCAAAGUAUAGAGAGAUCGAGAUUUAGAUAAGUCUAGUACGAUGUAAUUUUUAAUGAAAUUCACUACCCGCUUGACGUAACAACGAUUAUUUAUUUAGUCAUUUUUGAACGCAAGAGGACCACGAUACAUAGUAUUUAUACCUCUCUGGAAUGAUCAUGAUGAUAAGUCGAUGUCAUGGUGAAAGUUUGUUUUAAUUCUUGCCUUCAUCAUGUCCACCUAGUAAUUUCACAGGAGCCCACGACCUCCCAAAAACGAGAAAGGGGGUCGUCGAUGAAGUGCUCUUCCUACUCACAAAAAUGAGGAAGAAGGUCUAUAAAAAUAAGGUGCUCUUCCUCGGAAGGGUCUGAUUUUCAUUGUGUGACAGCAGAUCGUUUGUGUAAUAAUAGAAGAGAACUUAUUUAUUUCUGAGCAUUGAUUUUCUCCUUCUCGUGGUCCACGACUAGUAAGUAGACCCCGUACUAGUUUGUUUUGUUGGGACCGAACUCCUCUUAUUAUUUUGGAAUGUAAUGCUAAUGUAGUUAUUAGUUUUUAGACUGAGAGGACGAGGCACAACGUACGUCGUCACCGCCGCCACGAAAUUUAUGAAAUAGAGCAAGAAGUUGCCUGAGUUUUGUUGUGCAACCGCCUGGAGCUAGAAGUAAGUGCUGCAUAGAGAUAGAAUGAGAUAUUUAGAAUCCGCAACACUCUUGAUGUUUCAUUAUGUUCGCCAUAUGAUCGAUACUACGAUCGCAACGAUCAACAGGGACCACGAUCGCAAAGGAGGCAUUCUCAGCUAUGACUUGACCUUCGUUAGAAGUUCCAGUAUAAUUAGUUUUUUUACCACGUAGCUAGCAGUUAUGAAGAGCAAGAUGUUUGCGAAAGACGAAGCUUGUUCAAGUUUCUUAGCAUAAAUGAUGUUGAAGCUGAAAGAACACUACAUGUUGUUGAUGAUUGGUCAGACUGAUUGGAGCCAUAGUACUGAUGAUCAUGCUCAUAUCUUUAACAUGGUAAUGCUGGCUUUGCAUGCUCGAGAACGAAAUCUACGCUUUACGGAUAUGGAG